AUGACCAAGCCUCACGCCUCCACCCUCGAGGGGUUUGGCUUUGAACCCGUGGGUGCCCCGCCUCCCCGCCCGCAGCAGGGUGCUAAGGACUGCCGGAAGAUGGAGCGCUUCUCUUCCAGUGUGAUUUGGAUCAUGGUCAUUUCCAAAGCAUUGGAAUUAGUUGCGGGUGAGACUUUUUGUUCUUUUGCUUGUCCUUCACAUACAGGUCUAGCCAGCAGAAGUGACAACAUUGGACCCCGAGAGCAGCCUGCGGUUCGCCCUCAGUCUUUGCAGUUUGUGUCUCCCCCGAGAAUCCUGGACAAUAAGGAGCUCAACAAAACCUGCUGUCUGAAUGGGGGGACCUGCAUGCUGGGGUCCUUCUGUGCCUGUCCCCCCUCCUUCUAUGGACGCAACUGUGAGCUGGAUGUGCGCAAAGAGAACUGCGGUUCUCUGCGCCAUGGCACCUGGCUGCCCAGGAAGUGUUCCAUGUGUAAGUGCUGGCAUGGCCAGCUUCGCUGCUUUUCACAGGCAUUUCUACCUGGUUGUGAUGGCCAGGUGAUGGAUGACCACCUCACAGCCUCCAGGACUCCAGGGUUAGCACCGUCUGUGCACACCAUGCUCUUGCUCCCUUGCAUCUGCCUCGUUCUACAAAGCUACCAUAUUUACAUGCAAUUUUUGUCAGGCAAAUUUUAUGGGGAUGAACAAUCAGUACGUCCGCCGGGAGAUCUUCUGCCGGAACACCUGUCACGAGCUCAAGCGCUUCUGGGAAAGAGAAAUCGGCUCAGAGAAGAAUGGAAGCAGAGACUGGAAACAAAGCUGAGGCUGAGGAACAACUCAGAUGAGACUGAAAAGCGGGCCAGUGUCGGCCGGGAGCUUCUUGCUGCACUGACACAGGAGGAUUCAGAGCGCUGA